CAGAAUGGAUCAAUCUGCGGACGGAAAUAUAGAAAGCAAACAGAAUUCUGCGAAACCGUUUUGUCAGCGCUAUUUAGUGUCUUUUCCAACCACAGUGUGUCUAGUGUUAUCGCUGAGUUCAAUAGCGGUGUGUUUUCUCGUGAGUUUCAAAACGCAUCAGAUGGAGAGCAGGCUGCGCGAGCUGGAGAUAAAGAUGACUGACAUCUGUCAAGAAUCACCCAAGGACAUCUCUGUCCCACAGGAACUGCGGGAAUCCAUUGAAACACUCUUACAGGAGAGGGUGAAUGAAGCGAUGCCGAAGUUGCGUGUGGCGAGAGACGUGACACAAGACUGCAACUGUCCUCCAGGUACGUCCACGUAUCUGCUCUCAGAACAGUGUUCAGUUCCAAAAUGUGGGAUGAAACCUUACAGAAACUGAUAAAUUCAUCAAUUUCUUGUUCUUGAACAGUGAUUGCAAAGCUGUGAUGUGGAUGAGAGGAAUAUUUGAUUCUGAUUGGUCAGUUAAAUAUUGUUGGAUAAUGAUGCUUAACUGUAAAGUCAUUUAUUUCCUACAUACUUGUGUAGUUUGAUGUUUCUCAUUUCAUUCUUUUAAAGAUACCUUAAAUGUUUAAUGUCUGUUUAGAAGUAAUAUAAUCAGUCUUUCAUGCUUUUAGAGUUUAUUGAGUGAUUAUUUUGGCUGACUGCAGUCGUUACAUGCAGGGUUUCUUAAGGCAAUUACAAUUAGUAAAGAUUAUAUUCACUUUACACUGCUCUGUGCAUUUCCAAGUGUGAUUAUAAAUACAGAGGGGAGGAGAAAACGUGCAGCUGUUGCAUAUUGAUGAAUUGGUGGUUGCGGAGAGGGUUUUUUUUGGGCUCCUCUUUCACAAAAUGUGGUUGUUAAACAUGGGGUUGGUGGUAAUUUGAGUUUGGGUGCAUUGAGAAACUUCGAGGAACUGCUGUCCUUCUUUUUCACAAUCCCUCUUUACAUUGAGUCAUGGUGCCCUUUAAAAUCCAGUGUUUCCAUAAAUGUAUGCUGGUUCACAUCUGAGGGGAGACAUUGAUGUCGCAGGACAAGAGGGAGGUCAUAAGCAUCUGUUUAUAGGUUCUGAGCAUGAGUGUGUGUGUGAAGGGGCCCCGAGUAUGCGUCUGUGUGAGUGUGUGUGUAUUUCUGUUUGUUUGUGUGGGUAGUGCUGCAGAAGGCCCAACAGAAGAACUGAACUGUAAGGUGAGACCCUUUCAUUUUAGAAGCAAUGGUUGCCACCUGAAACCUGAAGCGUUUUGAGCGGUCCUGGCAGGCAGGAUCAGAGGGAGAAGUAUUUCUGUCUGCACAACAGACAUGAGCCCAAAGCGCUCGCCAUUGGGCAGGAUAUAAUGCCCCCUACAGGAGAUGUUUGGAAGGACACUGAUGGGAGGAAUAGUUUAAAGGGGUCAUAUGAUGUUGAUAAAAAGAAAAUUAUUUAGUGUAAUGCAAUGUGUUUAUGCCGGAGGUGUUGAAUGAGCCGCGGCCUCUUUCUUUGUGUGAACAUUUGGACUGCAUUAUGCAAAUCUUCCCACAUAGUGACGUAGCUAUGUGGGGCGUGUUAGA